AUGGUACGACCAACACAUGUCCCUUUCCGAAUCGAGUCGUACGGUGCUCAUUUGUUGACACAUCAUGUUGCCGAUCGCAGCGAGAUCCGGUGUGUUUGCCGAAGCGACGGCGGCUGGGUACGCUCGAGUCUGCCAUUGCGGAGGGCUGCUAUUGCUCGAGGCUGAGGCGUAGUGGGACCAUGGUCGGGAUUCACCGAGGUUGCGUGGGCCAAAACCAGAGGUGUAAGGUCGGGAGGACGAGGACUCGGUGUUGGGUGCCCACACUGGACGUGACGAAGGCGGCGCAUAGUAGGUAG